GUUUACAAGAUGGUCGUGGGGGGAACACCACAUAUUAUUCUUAUUGCAUGUCUUUGAGCUUAUAUUAGGCAUCUACGAUUAAUCAUUAGGGCUGCCCAGGAAAUGUCACGAAUACAUGAAUUAACUACAAGCAUAUCGGUGCAAAUAAACUACUUGCCACAAAUAAAUAGGCUAUCUGCUACUACGUGUUUGCCAUGAUGCUGUAGCUUCACGUUGAUGCAAAUGGAAGCGUUCAGAUUAUUCCCGAGCUUGAUUGCGUAUUACGUUUCUGUGCUUCUUAUCUGUAAACAUUUACAUAAUUGAAUCGCGAGUUUUAUUUGCCAAAAAGUUCAGUCGUAAUCAGUAUGUUAUCUGCAUCUUUGUGUCAGCUUCAGUAGAAUCUCUGUCUCAUUGGCUGUGAUUUUAAACAUGGCCUUAUUUAUGUUAUUGUUGUGUACAUGCUCUAUACUUUGCCAAUGUAAAGGAUACGAGUUAGUUUUUCAACCUACGCCGGUGAUCCCAGCACAGCUGCAGGAGAUCGCCCGUUUCUUUGUACGGGUUGGAGACACGCUGAAUGUUAGCUGCAAAGUUGUAUCUGAAGAGAACAAACCAACACCAAUGUUUAACAUAACCUGGCGAUUGCCCUUCAACCCGCAGAACAGUAAGCAUCGAGUACAAAUAAAACAAAUGUGGAACGAAGCAAAUUUACUAAUACAAAACCUGCAGGAAAGGGAUACUGGUAACUACACUUGCGAAGCUGUCGAGGAAUUAGGAAGAGUUACCUUAAGUGCAUUCGCCUUUGUUAGUGUGAAGAACAAAAAGUCACACUGUUCAGCUGACAAAAUGUUUUUGUGUUCAUCGGGUGCAUGUAUUCCGAGAAGAUACUUGUGUGAUGGUCGAAUUGAUUGCAAGGAUGGAGCUGAUGAGUCACUAGUUCAUUGUGGUCCUGAUCCAUGUGAGGGUAGACAACAGUGUGAUGAUGGUCGAUGCAUACCUAGUUCAUGGUGUUGUGAUGAAUAUCAAGAUCCAAACUGUAAUGUCAGCAUCAAGCCCUCAUGUUGUCCAAAGACCAUUAUGGACCAUGAUCCAUCAAUGUAUGAUGAAAUGAGAUUCAAUGACAUGGGUUUCCUCCAAACUACUAUAUACACAGUUAUUGGUUGUGCAACAGCUUUCAUGUUCAUCGUGAGUAUCCUGGUGAUAGCCAUCUGUCGCGUGCAUAUGAAGCGAUCACUCCUUUCCCGGUGCCCCGCGGGUUCCAGGCUAGGAGGUGGUUUCCCGCCUCCUCCUCUCCGUGGUGUGGGACAUCCACAUCAUCAUGUCCCCCUGUAUGACUUGGAUGUCUUUUUGAAUCGGUCUCCUUAUUCUACAGCUGAUGUCUCAUCACCUGGUCCAGGAUCCCUCUUAGUAACAUACAAUAUUAACAAUGGUAUUCAGUUUGUAGGGCGACCUGUGGAUCCACCUCCCUAUAGUGAAGUGGUAGCAUCACCUCCACGAGAAGGUCCUCCACCUCCUUAUGCAUCUCGUGAAAGCCUUGCAAGAACUAUUGCUGCUGUGCCAGUAACUGAAGAUGAUGAUGAUGUGGAGAUUGCAGAUGAGGCUGACUUACUGUUGGCUAAUACUGCUGCAACAGGACCCACCCCUUUGAUACACCAAAGUGGCAGUACUUUGCAGGUUACUAUUGUACAUCCUCCAGCUCCUGCAUCCUGUGUCACAACAUCAGACAGUUCGGAAGAAAGUGAAAGUUCAUAUUUACAAGGAACAGCAGCUGCAACAGAGGAAUUCCGGCCACUGCUCGAUGCUCCAACAUCCCCAACUUCGAAGGUGCCCGAUUUCUCUUCAGCAGACUCUCCUCCUGGUCCCGGCUGCCUGAGGGAGAGUUUCAUUGGCUUAAGGGACAAUGUUUCAUUGGGAGAGGCUAUUGCUGCACCUGAUGCCAAAAUGAGCCAGGCUCUUAGAAUAAGAGAAGAAUUCUUGAACGGUAGUAACACAACAGUGUCAGUUGCUCGUGCACAGUGCAGUGGUGGAAAUGAAAUUACUGCUGUUACUGUUGGUUCAAACCAUUGAAGUGUUUAAUGGUGACAUUUUUUUCUGUGAAUUUGCUUGCUACUUAGAGAAAUCCUAUGGUCCCCUGUGCCAGAGCCAGCCAUUUGCAUUGCAAGAUGGUGUACAAAGUUCAAUUUUCUAUUUUUAUGGGAGACACUAGGAGUGCGGCAUGUCUGGAGUCGUUGUCUCACAUUAAUCGUAUGUAGCAUGUGGUACAUUGCUCAUUAUUUGCUACCGUAAUGUCACACAUUGUGGUGCAGAUCAGAAUCUGCACAUCUUUCAUCAAAUGAAUAACCUGUGUAACUUCUUGUAUCUUCUGCAUACUUAAAAGAUUACAUCUAACAGUAGUGUCACUUUUACAGUGUGUAGCGAAUAAAACUGACAUCUGUGAUGCCUUCCUUUUUAAUGACUUUUGACAAGAUUUAUUGUAAAAAGAGUGCACUUUAAAUCUUCACUUUCAAGAUUUUCUCACAGUAGUCAUGUUUCUGGUCAAGAUUGAGUCAGCUCAACUUAGUUCUGGCAACUGAGAAAUUUAUAUGUAAUGAUCUGUUUAACAAUCGUCUGUCACAAUUAUAUUUUUUAUUAUUAUUUGUAGUUUUAUGAGUACUUGUAUCAUGACAUCCUGUAAAGGAAAUGAAAUUUUCACAGAACAAAAAAGUUUUUUUUAUCACAAACAAAUGUUCAAAUGUUGGGCUUAAUAGUGAGUCACUGUAUUUUCAUGAGUAAAUUAUGAUAUGAGACUGUAAAUUAUGUUGUUGUUAAUGAGAGAAGUAAGUGAAGUUUAGUGUUCAUGUUAUGAGUAGUCAGUCAAUAUGUAAAGGCAGUUUCCAUGACAGUAAGAUGCCUACUGUUUCAUUGGUCUCCUACACUUGGAUCAAUGCUUAUGAACUGUUUUUAUACAAUUUGUUGAGUACAUUAUUUGUGAACUCCUGCUUAGUUUUCCUGUUAAUAUAAAAGACUUGUUUGCAGUUCUGUUGUACAAGUUUACAUUUUUUGCAGUGUUAUAUGAAUAAGGAAAAAAAGGUAUGCUGUGUGAUGGAAACUUGAAUUUUGGUACUGCAUUGUAAUCAUGCAGUUGAUUUUUGAAUAUCUGUACAGCACAGCACUCUUAUCAUUGCCUAGUUGUGCAGUCAUUCCAACUACUUGUAUUUACCACCCUUUCACAUGUUUGUUAUUGAUCUGAAAAUGGGAGUUGUCAGAUUUACAAAAAACUCAGAUUUUUUUCAAAUGUCAGUUUCUAUUACUCAAAGAAAUUUUUUUUUCUUUUUUUUAGCAACACUUUACUGUUUUCUCUGUUAUUUGUUUUUUACUGAAUAUCAAUCUGAAGUUGUGGUAUUUGGUUCGUAUGAAGUAGUUGUUUUAUACACAGUAUCGCAUUUUCAAGAAGUGGUACAAGUUAUUUAUCUUUAAUGUAUAGUGUAAACUUCAAAAGCUGUAACUGUUAUAACAUUAAUUCCAUGACAAUGAGGUCAAGUGUUGAGAACUUUAAUUCUCUAUCUUGUUGAGCAUAUGCCUCCUAUGGAUGCUUUCCUAGAUGUAGGAUGUUGAUAAAAUGAUUUUUGAAAUAUUGAAAUCAAGGAUACAAAUAAUAAACUUUCCGUAACUGGAACUUUUGUAGUUAGGGGCCCCAAAGUUACAGACUAUUUAAUAUGUUUUGAAAUCAAGUUCCUAGAUAGUGUAACUGUUAAACCAUAAGUACUGUUUCUUGUAAAGAAACUCAUUAUGAAGAAGUCAGCAUUUGCCUUCCAUACCACUGUCAGCAACACUACCACCACCACCGUCACCACCACCACCAUCACAAGUUAAUGGAAAGGUAUAAAUUUGGAUGUUAGAAUAAGAGGACCUGACGACUAUUUGCAAAUUAGUCUGCUAAUACUGUAUCAAAACACUAUGAACAAAUGUUAAUGUGUAUAAAUGGGAUGGAACAUUGAAAUAUUGGAAACAGUAAUAGUACCAUGGACAGACAGGCUAAUUGCCUCAGAACUGAGAGAUUGUAAGUUUUAUUGGGAAUGAUGAAUAAGCAAGAAUUAAUAUACAAGGAGGAGGAUAACGUUAAUUGUUACUGAAUCGUAUGUCGUAGCAGAUAAGUUGUGGAAACAAAAAUUUGCUUAAUGUUUGUAUAUUGUAACACAAAUCUUGCAAUUCAGUUGCUGUGUCACUUUCUGCCUUGCUCUUAACUGAUAGAAUAACUUUUAAUGCACAGUUUUGGUCUUUGGUAAACCAUUUGGCACACACAAAAUUGGAUGUGGUAGUUGCUACAUUCAGAAUGACAAAAACAGGUCCACCUUUCUUGUCUGUUUACCCGCUAAAAUGUUGCUUUUGUGUUCAUUAGUGGGAAGCUGAGCCCUUAACGUACUGCUGAUGGCUACAUUUUUACUAAAUAUAUAAUGUCCUGUCCAUAUUUUCAUCCAUUACAUGAAGCUGAGGUGGAUUUUUACAACAUGCAAAAGUGACAGUAGUGUCAUGAAUCUAAUUCUUGUUCCACUUACCCCAUUUUAAAUAGAAAUUUCUGCAGGUUUAUACUGGAGAGUUUUACAGUGGAACAGCUGUCACACUGCUAGAUCAUUAUAUAUGGCAGUUUGGUAAAAUAUCUGAUAAAAGUACAUGUUAGUAUUGAACAAUGCAAUAGGCAUGUACAAAAUUUUCCACCAAGUAAUGUGGUAAAUAGUUUGACUGAGAUAGGUUUCUUAUAUCUUUAUCAUCUCUGAAGUGUCGCAAAACUAUGAAUCUCAGCCUCGUAAUUAAGCAAUAAUAACCUGAAAGGUAUUAACGAAUAUUCUGUUUCAUUGUAUCAGUUACGCUGAACGGUAAAGAGAAUUUGUUUAGUAGGAUUUGACUGCUGUAUUUGUUAAAAAAGAGAAGUUAAGUUUGUGUGUUUCUUUCUCUCAUUCCAUUACUUAACCGUUUCUUUGUGUUCCAUGUCAACAUGUGUAAGUGGAGAAUUAACAUUAUUUUAUACUUCUGGUGCAAAAUGCGGGCAUUACAAAGAAUACAGAAUGGGAAGGUGGAGCAGUACUUACUGUAUGGAAAUUUAUGCAGCGACAUUAAUAAUAUGUGUUUUACUGAAUAAAUGUUACAAAUAGCUUAAAAGUUUUUCACUGUCUCAGGGAACCACUGAAGGCCAAUCUGACUCUACUUAACAAAAUUGAAAAACUUGGUGUUACUUUGUUAUGUAUUUCCUAAACUAUGAUAUAGCUGUAUUGUCAAAUUGUGAAUAUUUUUGAGAAAGAUGUAUUUUUCCUUUGUUCCUGACACACAGGUGAGGUGGCUGAGGCAACUUAGCAGUGUAUGCACAUUUUAAUUUCCUUUUGUAAAUUCUUUGUAAAGCACACUAUGAAUUUUCAGCUGAUUAGUAUUCAAAAAUAAGUUUCUGUGAUGGUGCUGUCAGGAGCAUAUCAUAAAUAGGUUGCGUAGAUUGUGCCAUCCUAUUUGAUUGGAGGGUAAGCUGUGGAAUGUUAACCAAAGUAACCAAGCUGAAUCAGUGCAGAUGUCAUUGAUGUUUGAUGCACUAUGAGGAAAGGAAGUGUGAAAACAAUCACACAUAAAAUACACAGUGUUAGAAUUACAGUUUUAUUGUAUGUGUUUUAUGUAAGCCCAAUUUAUUUCUGUACCAGAAUGUACUUAGCACACAAAUGAAUCUUCCCGGUGAUAUUAAGGUAGCUGAAAUGUACCUGCAUACCAUUGUAUAUACUGUUACUCCCUUCACAGGAGCAAAAGUGUUAAUAGAAGGGGUGGAAAUAUUAUGAAGAUAUAAAAGGAAAACAGAUCAGAAAGAGCUAAUACCUCUUGAUAACUUCAAGAAGUCUGUGAAGACAGUACGUUAUCUAGAUUAUUAAGUAAUGUUUCCUGUAUUGUUUUCUCUUAAGCUCCGCAAUGAAUAUUUUUUUGAAUGAUGAGUAGGUACUUCUUGUUUAUUAAGAAUUGUCUGUAAAACUCAUUGUAUGUAUGUGUAAAAAUUAAUGGUACUUUUAUUUAAGCCAGUUCACCCACAUGUAAGAAGUCAAGAAAAAUAUCAAAUUUUGCUUGCAAAUUGUGAGGGGAACAGGUGUUGUAUUUCUUAGGAAAUAGAGAAGACAGUUGCAUUUAUUUUGUUUUUGUGGUGAAAUAAUGGAACAGAAAAUGGAAGCUUUUCGUGCCUGAUAUGUUGUAAAUGUAUGAUACAAGAUAUGUGGUACAUUGUUGAGAGUACCCACUUCACCACAAAAGGAAAAAAAUAAUGGAAUUUCUUGUAAAUGCACAGUUCCUCUUUUUUGGAACGGUCACAUGCUGUGUGAAGAACAAUGUAGCAGAUCUUCUUUAUGUGACUUCCUGGGUACAGAGAAACAAAGAGGGGUCACACAUCAGUUUCACUAGUAGACAAUACAUGUAGGUGCUAAUAUUUCCAUGUUUAUAUGAAGUUAAAUUUAUACAACAAAUUAUUCAAAACAAAGUUGAACAUUUUAACUAUGUUAUUCUAAAUAAUAGAACUGUGAAACUGGAAAGUUUUACCUGUUAAUAAUGUGAAUAUUUAAAGCUUUAUAAAAUGUAAGUGACCUGUAAAAAUGUAUAUAAUUACAGCCUGUUAAAAGUUAACAGCUGUCUUUUAUAAAUGUAUUUUAUUAAGUACUUGAAUAAGCCUAUACAGCUUGUAAUUCAUUGUUGUGUAAGUUCCUGCCAGUUUAUCAGAAGUGUUAAAUACACUAAAAUUACUCAGAUUGUACCUGCUUUACUUCAGAGAAGUGACUGCUUUAUUUUUGAGUUCAUUUUUUUAGUAUCACAAGGUUUUAACCUUAUCAUUUUCCUUCUUUUUUUGAGUGUUUUAAGUUCAUUAAAAUUUUGAUGUAUUGUGUGGUUGCUGCUGACACUAAACAUUGUAUAUUUUGAGUAUCCUCUGAUUUUUAGCUUUUGUUUAAUUCUUAGAAAAUACUUGCGAAAAAGUAAGUUCUCUUCAGUGUUCUGUUGGCAGAUGAAGUGCAGGAACUCAGUGAAUCAUCAAAGAGGGUUGUCAGCUACACAAAUUGUGUUGUUCACUGGUAACACUGUUAUAAAAUACAGUGUUUGUACUGUAAUUUGUCUUAGUCAUCAGACAACUGUAUAUCAUUAUGCCUCCUAGUAACAAGUACAUAAAUGACUUUCCAAUAACAUCUGCAGUUCCCUAAAGUAAAAAAUGAUUGAUUUUUUUUAAUUCAUUUAAUAUUUGGAAGGGAAGCUCUCCGAACUGUCUUUGAAAUAUUUACAAGCAUUAUUAAACAGAAUUAGGUCACUUUUCUGUGAAAUGCACGUGCAGUAGUUCAUCACUUUUUCUUUAAUACAUAUCAUUGAGAUUUAAAAUUGUAAUGUAUUAGCAAAAAGAUUUGCUGAAAGCUUGAUUUGUAAAUAUCUCAAUUUUUAACGAUCAUCAUUAAUGCCUUAAAACAAUUUACAGAACUUUAGAAAAGCUAUAGAAUACUUUAUUCUAACUAGAAAUAGUGUGUUUAUGCGCACAUGAAUGGGUCUGGUAUGUGGUAAGAUGGUUUAUGUUACCAUGGAGUUUAUUUUUCCCUGAAAUGCUAAUAUUUAAAAUGUUAUACAAUGAAAUAUUUGAAUGCUAUCAAAAUUUAUUUUUAUUCUGAAUAAAAGUGAACUAUAGAAUGCAUUUAUACAGUAAUUACCAAUACUUUGUUGUGUGCGGAAGUGGAGGCGUGAGGAUUAUCAUUAUCAUUUGCAUUGACAUUGCCUUAUUGUAUUGACCAUGCUUGGAAAGCAUUUUUGGUGAACGUUUGUGUUCUAAUCAACGAAUAUUGCAGCAUUGUUUGUACAAUAUAUGCAAAGAAAAAGAGAAACGAUCUACUUGUACUGUCCAUGUUGUUAUGUCUAUAUAGUUUAAUGUGAUGUUAAUAGAGAUCACACAUUACACUAGAAAUUUUUAUUCACUUGUAAAUAUGAUCCUUUCUUUGAAAUAUAUAUUUUUCCUUUAA